UAGCAUAAUAUCGAUUAUGAAUGACUAAUCGAAAAAAAACAGCACUAAUUGUCAAGUCAGUUUCAGAUUUGGGUUUGGCCUGUGAAGACUACAUUUAUACUUGUGAGAGGUGCAACAAACAUGAAAACCACAGAAUUGUUGGCAAUAUAGUGUAUGUUGAAUGAAAAUGCCAACUUCAAAACGUGACGUGUGACGUCACAACGAGCCGGAAAGCUCAAUUCCCUGCAAUUCCACCUAACAACCACAAGAUGUCCCUCUCUCCUUUCUCUACCUCAUUGAUUGUCAUGAAGAAAAACACCAGCGACGCAGACGUGUCUACAUUUUGUAUUUUGGGAUGAUUUGAAAACGAAUCAUCCCAAAAUACGUUCCAGCACAUUCUUCGAUAGUUGAAGGGCUUCGGUUGGCUGGGUCUUUUCUUUUCUUCCGGUUGGUGGGCCGCGUCGUCGUCGCAAGGCUGCUGGCUGCUCCUCAUUAUCGGUGUGACACCCUCUUGCCACGCCGCUCUCACCGGCCUGGGAGGGGCUCGGGCUGCCGGUGUCCACCAUUGGCUGCGGCGGAACAAGCAGCGACAGCUUUACGGUCGGGAGACGGCGAGGGAGGAUGUUGUCCCGUCGUGCCUCCUCCGGAGAUACGCUCCAUCUGGGCUCGUCGGCGGCGUACUUUUGCCCCUUCCGGCUCACGUCAUCUUAAAGCGGCUUGACUCACAAAGCGAUGCUCGCCGCCGAGCCACACCGACACAUUGCCCGGACACCGCGGGGGCAGAGGAGCAUGUAACCGGCAAGACAAACCACCGGGAGCGGCGGCACUGUGGCACCACCUGACACUACUUCUCUUUCUCCCUCUUUUGCUUCUCAAAAAGCUAAAACGAAACAUCAGGCGUCGUGUUGUUUGACUAGUUAAGUGUGCCCAAAAUGAGCGAGGACGUGUCAGAGGUGCCCAAAGAGCUUCUGGAGAGCGUGCGGGAUGCGGUAGGGAGGAAAGUGAAGCUGUCACUAAGGAAGAGAGUCAAACUGGAGAUCAAAGGAGACAAGACAGAGAACCGAGUCUUGGCUCUUGCGUCCCACCGAAUUUAUCUCCUGACUGCACGUAUUCCCACCAAGGUGGAACACUCCUUUAACUACCUGGAGAUCCAGGGCAUUGCCUGUAACAAGCCAACGCAGCUUUUUAUAGAAUACGAGCGAGGGUCCUUCUCAUUGAAGCUGCUCUCCACUGACGAGGUCAACGAGGUGGUUGCUCAUGUCGGAAACUGUCUGCUCAGAAUAUGUCCAGGUCUUCCACCCAGUAAAGUGAUGAAGAAGCUCAGCAUGGAGCCUGCAGACAGACUGGCCUCGCUGCAGACGUUGUGGGAGAACAACAAACCUGCUGACCCGGGACCAUGUGGUGGCUUUUCUCAGAUGUACAGGUGUGUUUGCGACUGGCUAUCACUGCCAUACAGAGAAGAAGUUCAGUGGGACGUGGACACCAUUUAUUUGACACAAGACACCAGAGAGCUUAACUUGCAGGACUUCAGCCAUUUAGAGAACAGAGACUUGGUGGCUAUAAUUGCAGUCCUGGAGUUCAAUCAGUGGUUCACCAAGCUCGCCACUAAGGACUACAAGCUGUCUACAGAUGUUUGUGAGCAGAUCCUCAGAGUGGUGUCUCGCUCCAGUCGACUGGAGGAGUUGGUGCUUGAUAGUGCAGGACUCAAAACUGAUUUUGCCCAGAAACUCGCUGCUGCCCUUACACACAACCCCAGCUCAGGACUCACUGCCAUCAAUCUUGCCAACAACCCACUCGAGGACAGAGGUAUUUCCUCACUUGGUGCUCAGUUCGCCAAACUUCGUAUUGGGCUCAAGUAUGUAAACUUCUCCAAAACCUCAGUGUCACCCAAAGGGGUGAACAGCCUUUGUCAGUCACUGAGUGCCAACCCGUCCAUCCCCAGCAGCCUCGUCCAUCUGGACCUCUCAGGGAACAUCCUCAGAGGAGACGACAUGCAGCAUUUCUACAAUUUCUUGAGUCAGCCCAACCGACUGGCAACCCUUGAUCUCUCCAACACGGACUGCUCAUUGGAUCAAGUUUGUUCUGCUCUCUUACGAGGCUCCGCCCAGCAUCUCUCUGUCCUUAACGUUUCAAAGAGCAUCUUUCCUCACAGGAAAGGCAAGGAGGUACCGCCGUCAUUUAAGCACUUCUUCAGCAGCGCCAUGUCCCUCAGCUCCAUCAACGUGUCAGGAACAAAGCUGGCGCCAGAUGUCCUCAAAGCUCUGCUGCUUGGCCUGGCUAGUAACCCCAAUGUGAAGGAUGUGUCUUUGGACCUCAGCUGUUGUGAGUUGCGUUCUGGAGGGUCACAGAUACUUGAAGGAUGCAUUGCUGAGAUUCCAAAUAUCUCCAGCCUGGAUAUCUCUGACAAUAGCCUGGACUCUGAUCUUUCGACUUUGCUGAUAUGGUUGGCUAAAAACCGAUCGAUAAGACACUUGUCUCUGGGCAAGAACUUCAACAACAUCAAGUCCAAAAACCUAGCUCCAGUGUUGGACAGUCUCGUUCACAUGAUCCAGGAGGAAGAGUCACCCCUCACCUCUUUGUCGCUGGCCGACUCCCGACUGAAGAGCGAUCUGACCAUCAUUCUGAACGCGCUCGGCAGCAACACGUCGCUCACCAGGCUCGACAUCAGCGGCAACGCGAUGGGCGACAUGGGCGCCAAGAUGCUGGCAAAGGCGCUGCAGAUUAACUCGAAACUCAGGACGGUGAUCUGGGACAAAAACAACACUGGUCCGCAGGGUCUACAGGAUGUUGCAACAGCUCUGGAGAAGAACUUCACAAUCCGUUUCAUGCCCAUCCCCAUCAUUGACGCCUCUCAGGCUCUCAAGGCCAGUCCAGAGAAGACAGAGGACGCCUUGCUCAAGAUUGAAAACUAUCUGUACAGAAACCAUGAAACCAGGAAAUACCAACAAGAACAGGCCUAUCGCCUUCAACAGGGCAUUGUAACCACAACCACACAGCAGAUGAUGGACAGGAUUUGUGUGAAGGUGCAGGACCACCUGAACUCUCUGAGGAACUCUGAGACUGACGCCAUCCUCGAAGAUGUCAGAUCUGCUGAAAGCCUCAUCAAAGAUGCAAAGAACUCGAAAACGCUCCUCCCAAACCUCUACCACCUGGGCUCUAUUUCUAGAGAGGAGGUGCACCGUGCUUCAGCAGGCCCCAUACAGGAGAAAUUGGAGUCUAUGGCAGGCGAGGUGACUUCUGUCAUGGACCAACAGCUGCAGAGCCUGUUGGAGUCUAUGAUGGACGCAGCAGAGUCUGUGUGCCCUCAUGUGAUGAAAAGGAGUAACCUGCGCUCCGACCUCAUGAAGGCCAGCUCAACCAAGAUGGUCGUCCCCAAGAGUUUUGUCACCAAAACGCUCCUGGAGCAGUCUGGUAUUGACAUCAUCAAUAAGAUCAGUGAGGUAAAGCUGGGUCUCGCCUCCUUCCUGUCCGAUCGUAUCGUUGACGAGAUUUUAGAGGCUCUUUCCACUUCACAACACACUUUGGCAGACCAUCUAGUGCGGAGAGGGCGCCCCUUGGUGCAGCAAGAGUCGGUAGACCUGGACGUUCCCGAGGAGAGGAUUCCUAAACGGGCAUCCACUGAGAUCCUGGAGGGUGAGCGACUGGACGAACUGGAGUCAUGCAUGACUGUGUGCUGCACCAGUAUGACCCCAAAGACAAAGAGGAAAAGCAUCCAUAGUAGAAUGCUGAGACCGGUGUCUCGUGCCUUUGAGAUGGAGUUUGACCUGGACAAAGCAUUGGAGGACGUACCAAUGCAUGUGGAGGACACGCCGCCUCCGUCGCACACUUCUCCAGCUGCUUCUCAGCCCUUAGCCAAAGGGGAGCAGCGUCUGCCAGGAGGGAUGUUGGAGCUUCCGUCCGAGGAGGAGAAGAAGCUGCAGCACUUCACAAAACUAAGACCCCGGAGAAACAAGAAAACACACUCCAGCAAAAUACCACAAAUGAGCAGCACCCCACCACAGGAUGGGGAGCAGAACGGCUUGAUGGGAAGGGUGGAUGAGGGGGUGGAUGAAUUCUUUUCCAAAAAAGUCACCAAGAUGGAUUCAAAACGUUCCAUGAAGAGCUCCGAAUCUCACGAUGGAGAGAAGAAGAAGAGCAAAGGAGGCUUCCUCAACCUAAUCAAACGUUCUUCCAAAUCGGAUAAAUCAGACAAGUUGGAAAAAUUAGAGAAAAAUCAGGUGACCCCUUCCUCCUCGGCUACGUCUUCAGCCUCUUUAGUGUCAGUUUCCAGCAUCGCUGAGGAACCCGCCUCGCCAAAGUCCACAGUAAAGAGUCCAGCACCUGAGCCAAAGUCCAGAGAUUCGUCCAGUCGCUCACAGCCUGCAGACUACAGCAGCGGCUCGGAACGCUCGGAAGAGCUGAGGACGCCCGACUCCAUAGACGAGCCGUGGGAGGGCUCCGACGGCCGAGGGAGUCCCCAGGGAGGCCGGCGGUACCCGGGCAUGCAAAUGAUGGGCGGCGGGCUCCUGGCGGAGAUGAAGGCCAAGCAGGAGAGGAGAGCACAUAAGUCCUCCAGCCCUGACAGACCUGACAGCAAUGCCACAGGUUCUCCAGAGAAGACCUCCGCACGUGUUGAAACAAAGCCCGAUCCCGCUCCUCGUACCCGGGUUCCGUCCUCCUCGGGUUCUCCUGGGGGGCCGGUUAGUCCUAAACCGGUGAUGCCCCUUGGAACGAAGCCCGCCCUGUCUUCCCGGCCCUCCCUGCCUCAGAAGCCGAGGACCAGCAGCAGUCGGAGCAUAGAUGAGAGCUCAGACACCACCAAUGGUGGGGGGCCUGGGGGGGUGUCUCCUAAAGUGACAGCUCUCCCGUCGCUAAAGAAGGUGUUACCAGAGAAAGACAAGGAGGGCCACAACAGUCUGCAGCCGGGAGGUUCUGCCAAUAAACCCACUCAGGAAGGGAGGAAAGCAUCCGCGUCCGACCCCAGUCAGCGCUCCAGCCAUCAGCGCAGCAACUCUGAUGACCACGGCCCCUUCGGGGCCAAAGGGCCGUCCCCGAAUCCAGACAAGGAAAAAACAGGCAAAAAAUCUUCCAAUCCUGGGGAGGAAGCCGACAAAGAAAUUAUUUUGAUAUAAAUGGAUCGCAUUUAAUGCAAAAAUGAACAGAUGUUUUUUCAUUUGAAAAUGACUCAAUGGGCAAUAUAAGGAAUACUUAUUUAUAAGUUGUACACUGAGUACAAAUGAUGUAAUACCUGUUAACAUAGUAGCCUGUUAAUAGGUAUCAUCACAGAUUUUUUUUUCUUCUCUUUCUGAUGUCACCUACUAAACCAAACACUAAGAGCUUCCUUAAUCGUACAGAUAUAUUUAUUUAAAUUCGGUACUUCAAAGUGUUCCUGAGUGUUCAUUCAGGCAAUUAAUCGUGUGAGCUGACUGAUUAAAACCACUGAAGAGGAGGCAUGAACAUGCUUUCAGUGGAAAAGCAAGUGUGGGCUCAGAACACUGAAGAGAGGCUGUGAAAAAUGACUGACGAUGAUAAUCGCAUAUGUUUUUUUUUUUGCAGUAGCUUGUCUCUAGGGACCAAACCUUAUAAUUAUAAUCACAACAAUACCACUUAUCACUGUACUGUACUUGAAGUUUAAUGUAGUACUAGGCUCAAUGGCAUUUCCGUUCCUUGAUGCUUAAAUCCGUUUGCGCUAAAAUAUGUAUCUAGAUCCAUUAUGCAACUGAUCUUUUUUACAGGGCAAUACAGGUUCAAGCUGAGCGGCUCAGCGCACACGCAAACCACACUAAUGUAGCUUACCUGCACCGAACAAUCUCCAACCCGCUUGUUCCUCACUGGUGAGGAUUUCAAACACCCUUUGCGGUACAAAUUAGCUUUCAAUCAACAAAGGCUUCAGCACUGUUAACUAACAAGCAUUCACGCACUGUGGACGGAACAAAUAAUAAUCUUGUUACCCUUUAACGUCUGUCUCUUGUUUUACGAAGCUUGUGUGUUGCAUGCCAAUUUUUGUCCAGUUGUCCUUCUGACUCUUGAGUUAAAGACAUUGUGACGCCAUCCAUUGACACUCAUCGGUGUCCUUCACAAACAUUGAAUAGUCAGGUGCUUUCAACCUUAAAUUGCAAUGCAAAGUGUAACAAUGUAAACUCACCUUUGGUUCAGUUUUUGGACCGUGGUGCUCUCGCACAGCUUCUGGAUGCUUUACCUUGACAGCACAAAACAUUUUCAAGAGCGACAAAUGUUAUUUUUACACAGCCUGACAACCGUUGCCUGUCACUGCCUGUGCUGCAAAAUGCGGUGGAAAGGAAACAUGCGAUCCGGUUGAGAUUGCUACAACUUGCAGACAUAAGACUAAACUGACUGAGGUUGAAGCACACGUGUCAAGUGAACUCCAAAAGAACAUUUUCCAGCAGUUUUGUUUUCCCUCGUAGAAUGGCACCUUUAACUCUAAUCAUGCAAAUAACACUGUCCCUGUUGUACAUAAUUUCCCCGGCCUGAUGCCAAUUUAAUUUAUUUUUAUUAUUUUUUUUGUCCAAAAAGAAGUUAAGUCACAGGUGCACAAGUUUGCUGUAGCUGACUGUGACUUUGACAAAAUAACAGUCGACUCCUGAGUGAGUUGUGUGUGUGUGUGUGUGUGUGUGUGUGUGUAUAUAUAUAUAUAUAUAUGUGUGUGUGAGACUGCAUGACGUGCACUGUACUGUAUGAACUGUAUAUAUGCCCAUACAGGCGUGUUUGUGUAAUACAUGCACAUGUAAUAUGGACACUGUGAGGUUUUUUUUUUUUUUUUUUUUGCACACGCCAACAGUUGUUUUUGGUACACUGCUCGUAACAUUCGGAAUAACUUCCGCAACGGUCUCUUUCACAAUUGGACAUUUUGUUUAUAAAGCCAGUUGUCUUCAUGUAUGCAUUUGUUAUGACGUAUAUUAAAUCUUAACAUUUCUGUCAUGAUUUAAAAAAUAAAAUAAAAACAAUUUAAAAAAAAAAAAGCAAAACUCUUACAUAAAUACUAAAGACACGUUUGCACAUCCUGUCUUGAUAAAAGUUUUGGAAUCAUCGUGUUGCUUUCAUUCUAUUUGUGUCCAUGUGAAUAUUAAUGUUGAUUAAAAUCAUUUA